AUGAGAUCGCCCAAGACCAAACCAAAGGCACUGGCCAUAUCUCCCAGCAACUCGUCAAUAGGUGACUCGGAUAGCGAACUUGCCAAAAAGUCAAGAUCCUCAUCACUAAUGGCCUUUCAUCGAGUCACGCUGAGGUUUCACAUGAUGCCUCGGUAUUUGCAAAUAGUUCUGGCGACGGGGUCCUUUCUCAUUGGGUAUUUUCUCAUUUUUUCCACGUUACCAAUAUCACCUUUGACAGAACAAGAACCAGAUAAAUUGCCAGAAAAGUUUCGACAUAGGCCGCAUUUUACCGACAAACCAAGAAUUUUGAGUUUGCAACAGACAUCGGAAGAAGAUCGGGUACUCUCCAAUGUAAUGGACGCAUCAUCAUUGGCGCUUCCUGAAGAAGGACACCGACAGUUGGUGGAUCGAUACAAUCCAUUGCCAAGACAAAAUAAAUUACUGAAAGGUCCCGACUCGAUGGACAAGGGAGAUUGCCAGCCAAUGUACGAUUGGCAACGAGGCCACGAUCCAACGUGCAAUAUUAUUCACGAGGCUACCUAUGGUUGGGAUCAUUUGCUGGGGGACAACCAAGCCGAAACAUUGAACGAGUUGGAUUCCAAUGACAUUGCAUGGGACUCGAUAGAACAAACCAGACUGGUUGCUGCGGGAGCCUUUCGUCAAGUAUUCAAGAUAUUUGAUUGGGAUGGGAAAACGAAACGAGCCUUGAAAACACUCCGGGUAGAUUCGAAACGAAAAGACUUUGAUCUGAGAAGUUUUGAUCGACACCGACGCGACGCCAUUUCCUUUGAGCAGCUGACAUCCUCACCGCUGAUUGUGGACAUGUAUGCCUUUUGUACCAACUCGGCAGUCUUUGACUGGGGUGACCAAGGAACGCUAGAAGAUAUAUAUCAACGAGAUCCUGAUAUUUCCAAGGAUGACCUGUUGGAAAUUGCCUACAAUGUGUCUCUUAGCGUUGCCCACGCUCACAACUUUGACGAUCAAGGCAGAGCAACUCUCGCCCAUACGGAUAUCAAGCCAGAUCAAUUCUUGGUGCAGGAUGGAUACUACAAAUUAACUGAUUUCAAUAGAGUGCGAUUUCUGCUGUGGAACAAGAGACGGAACAUACCUUGCGGAUUCACUGUCGGCAAGAAUGGUGGAAUCUGGAGAUCACCGGAAGAAUAUGCCUAUGAAGAAGAGUCAGAAAAGGUGGACGUGUACUCCCUAGGCAAUGUGCUAUACUUUAUGCUAACGCGAGAAUAUCCCUGGAAUGACUAUCCAUCCAAAGAAGUCUAUGAGAAGGUCAAGAAGGGAAAGCGGCCAAAAAUAUCAGAUGAAAUUCUUGCGAGUACUCAUCCAUUCGACGAGUACAUGAUCAAGGCUAUUGAAAUGUGUUAUACUCAAGACCAAUUCAAACGCCCCGGAGCAGCCGAAGUUGCUGCAAAAUUACAAGAAGGAAUAGAUAAACUAAAACAGGGAUAG